CAACCAUGUAUGGAAUGCUGUACGAGAGUGUGCAGCACUACGUGCAGGAGGAGUACGGCGUGGACAUUUGGCGGAAGGUGUGUCAUAUCAUCGACUGCAAGCACAAUAGCUUCAAGACGCACCAGAUCUAUCCGGACAAGCUGAUGCCGGACAUCGCCGAGGCUUUGUCCGCCUGCACGGGCGAGUCCUUCGACUUCUGCAUGAACUUCUUCGGGCGCUGUUUUGUGCGGUUCUUCAGCAACUUUGGCUACGACAAGAUGAUCCGCUCCACGGGGCGAUACUUCUGCGACUUCCUGCAGUCUAUCGACAACAUUCACUUGAUUAUGCGCUUCACCUAUCCCAAGAUGAAGUCGCCCAGCAUGCAGUUGACCAAUAUGGAUGACAACGGAGCUGUGAUCCUGUACAGAAGCAGUCGCACUGGAAUGUCCAAGUACCUAAUUGGGCAGAUGACCGAGGUGGCCCGCGAGUUUUACGGCCUGGAGAUCAAGGCUUACGUGAUCGAGAGCCAGAAUGACAUCAGUGGAGGCACUGCUGGUCCCAUCAAGCUCACGGAGGGUCCCUUAACCGUGAUUGUGAAGUAUCGUCUGGACUUUGAUAACCGGGAGUACAUGGCUAAGCGCGUCAAUACGGAGGCUCAUCCCUCGCAGCUCAAAAUGCCCACCGUGAAACUGGAUGUGUUCCUCGAUCUUUUUCCCUUCACAUUUGUGCUGAACCACGACAUGAAGAUCACGCAUGCUGGUGAGAAGAUCGUUGAGACCUGGAUUAUGCACAAUCCAGGGGCCAAUCCAAAGAGCUUCAUUGGCACCCACGUAAUGGACCUGUUCCAAUGCCGUCGUCCGAAAGACACCACCAUCGACUGGGAUACCCUGAUCCAGAUGAGAGCCGUGCUCUUUGAAUUCGAGUUGAUUCGCACGGGUCACAACCGCGCUGCCUACGAUGCUGUCUUGAAUAUGGACUUUGAAAACUACGACGAGAUGGACCUAAACGAAGCCCAGACUAUGGCGCUGGCCAAGGCCCAAGAGUUCAGUGAAUCCCAUCCGGUGGAUGAUGAUGAAGCUGCGGGCGAGGAUGAGAUCGACCCUGCCACUGGGGAACGUCGAUCCUCCCAGGGCUUGAGGUCCAUCCUUUUAAAGGGUCAGAUGUUCUACAUCAAAGAUGUGGACUCGCUGAUCUUUCUGUGCAGUCCUCUAAUCGAAAAUCUCGAUGAGCUGCAUGGAAUCGGUCUCUAUUUGAACGAUCUCAAUCCGCAUGGGCUGAGCAGAGAGCUUGUGAUGGCGGGAUGGCAGCACUGCUCCAAGCUGGAGAUCAUGUUCGAGAAGGAGGAGCAGCGAUCGGAUGAGCUGGAAAAGUCGCUGGAACUGGCAGAUUCUUGGAAAAGGCAGGGAGAUGAGCUACUGUACUCCAUGAUUCCACGACCCAUUGCCGAACGAAUGCGACUCAGUCAGGAACAGGUCUGCCAGAGUUUCGAGGAAGUGUCCGUCAUCUUCCUCGAGGUGAUGAACGUCUAUGACGAAGGAUUGAACAGCAUUCAGGGAGCCAUGCAGGCGGUGAACACUUUGAACAAAGUAUUUUCGGCUCUGGAUGAGGAGAUAAUUUCCCCAUUCGUUUACAAAGUGGAGACCGUGGGCAUGGUUUACAUGGCUGUUUCGGGUGCUCCUGAUGUGAAUCCCCUUCACGCCGAGCACGCCUGCGACUUGGCCUUGAGGGUGAUGAAAAAGUUCAAGGCUCAUGACCUGGGGGACGUUGCCAUUCGGGUUGGCAUCAAUUCGGGACCUGUGGUGGCCGGCGUUGUGGGCCAAAAGGUUCCUCGAUACUGUCUGUUUGGGGACACCGUUAACACCGCCUCGCGAAUGGAGAGCAGCAGCGAUCCCUGGAAGAUCCAGCUAUCGAAGUACACCGGCGAUAAGGUGCGCCAAGUGGGCUACAAAGUGGAGUCGCGUGGCACGGUCAAGGUCAAAGGCAAGGGCGACAUGGAGACCUACUGGCUGCUGGAGGGUCCCGAAGGCUAG